UCUGUCACCUGGCAACCAAGACAACAGUUCCGGUGUCCGAUCCGUGGAAAGGGGCCGAUCGGUGGCGGUGGCCGGUGGCCGGUGGCCGGGUGGUGAGCGCGGUGCUGGGGCCGGCGCGGAGCCAGGGACGCGGCCGUGGGCUCGGCCACAUCGCUGUGGGUUUGGCUGCGUGUUUACAAUUGGCUACGGACGUGGAGGAAAUAUAAGAUGUCCUAUUUUACACUUACAUAAUCAAGACGAUUCUUCACUUGAUGGGUACUCAACAACCUUAAAGGUCAUGCAGUCCAAGGCUUAUUUGUUGCUGGAAAGGGACCAUAUUCAACUUCAAGAAGCUGGAUUCUUUGGUAUUUCCGCAUGCCCAGUUAAAGAGGAUCUAUCAGAAUGGGUGGCCACAGUGCAAGGAUUGAAAGAUUCUCUCUGGGAAGGUGCUGCCCUUCAACUCUCCUUGAAGUAUACAGCAGAUUACAACUCAGUCCCUCCCACUGUCACUUUCAACACGAUUCCAUUUCACCCUAAUGUGGAUGCAAUCACAGGCAAGCCAUGUGUAGACUUUCUAGAUAAUCCCAGGAAAUGGGAAGAACACUUCUCCUUGACAACCAUCCUUCUUACCAUUCAGGUGAUGUUGUCCAACCCAGUACUGGAAAACCCAAUCAAUGUGGAAGCUGCCAAGAUGUUAAUGGAGAACCCACCACGAUAUCGCGAAAUGGUUUUGGAAUGUGUCAGAGCCAGCAGGCAGCUCAAAGCAACUGGAGUCAACUUCACAGUUGAGUGUUUACCUGUGGCUCACUUUCAAAACCAAGCUUAUAGCAAACUGCAAAGGUUUCAGCCAAUGCUGAGCGUUGGCAGACCUUCAGGGUCUUGCUGCAUUCUUCUCUUCCAUCUACAUUGUUGCUUCAGAAUUAAAAUGAUUGCUUUCGAUGAAUAUCACAAAACAUGGACUGAAAUUGCCACAUCAAAACCAAAUGAGAGCUGCAAAGAUUCAACACCAGUGCCCUGCGUUAAGCUUCAAGCGCUAUAUUAUGGAUUUGGAGAAGAGGAAUUACAAAAAGAAGUUGAAGCACAGAAUAAAGAAUUUGGUGAGAUUAUCUAUGGAACAUCUGGUAAAGAAAGGAAGACUCAAACGACAAUGAACCAGAAACUGGAGCGGAUCAACCGCAUGAAGAAUAGCUACAUUAUGAACAAAUUCUCCGAGGCUUCAACUUCAGUAAGCCCAGAUCUAACAACAAACAUCAAGGCAAAGCAACCCAACACCUGUGCACAAGAGGAGGAUCUAUGGACCAAAGAAGUAGACAGUUUAGUUAACUGGACAACUGCACUCAAUGCAGAUGAGCUGGAGGAUGAUUAAGAAAAAAAAAUUCCAACCCCUUCAUGAGCUUCAUGAAAAAAAUUCAAACUCCUUCAACUAGUCUGUAAUUUCACUAUGUAAUCAUUACAUUAAUUUGGAAGAUUUGAUGCUGUUUUCAUCUUUGAUCCAGCUCACUCUUCACAUUCGCUCCCUGCAGUAUUCCUGUGGCUGUUCCUUAUUGCAGCCUGCAAAUUAAAACCUCCUCCAGGCAUUGUUGCCACUACUGUUUCAAGAAGCAGAGUGAUCUGCAAGCAGCAACCAAGUCUUCAUAGUCCUUUGGCAGCUUGCUGCUAUCAAUAGUCUUUUUAAGUGUUCUUAAGUAUCUCUGAUAACAGGGAUAUUUAAAAACAUUUGAAUUUGAUUUGAAUAAUUUAAAAAACAUAAACAAUACAUUCUCUUAAAAACACACUAGAAGUUAAAAGUCUUAAGUUAGUAAAAAAAGCACUUUCUAGCACUUACUUUUCCAAUCCAGUUCAGUGACCUUUCUCAAUUGAAUGGGGCUGUGCUACAUCCACCAGCCACAGGUAAUGUAAAACCAAUAGGCUAAGACAAAAUGUAUCUGACUUCUCUUGGCAUGACUGAAUCUGCUCUUGCACAAGUAUGUGAAGCAUUCCAUAUUUUUCAUUGCCCUCCUCCUCAGUGAAUAUGUCUUUGAUUGGAAGAUCUGGUAUGAGAUGAAGGAAUAUUUGUGGAGAUUUGUCCUGAACUGCUGCAUAACACUGGGCUGUGUGCUGAACAGACAGUUCCAGGACACACACAUUGAAGCAAAUAUCUGGUGCUUGGAAACCAUCAAUGUAAUGAAAGGUGCCCUCUAGUAUGCUCUAAACUCACUAAUGUUCUCAGGUAAGGUGUUGUCCAUGAUUGAGUGGUGCAAAAUGGCACACUCAAAAGUCCAGGACUAUGUGCUGAGAGACACACUGAAGAGGAUGCAGGCAUUGCAAGGACUGUUUAAGGAAGGGCAAUGGUUUACGGCUCCCCUGCCAUCACAUACACAAUACAUGAAUUCUGUGCUAAAUUCCCAUGAACUAUUUGCUUUAAGGUUGUAAAUGAA